AUGGACGACUCCUUCCGCGUCAUUGUAAUCGGUGCCGGCCCCGUCGGGCUGAUGGCAUGCCACGCCCUGUCCAGGGCCGGCAUCGACCACGUGCUGCUGGAGAAGCGCCCAAAGCUCGACAAGGAGGCCGGCACGUCCAUCGCCAUGUGGCCGCACAACGUCCGCGUGCUUGACCAGCUGGGCCUGCUCGACGAGGCACUCGACCUGUACAUGCCCGUGCUAAACAAGAUCAAUCUGCGCCGCGACGGCACCAUCACCGGCCGCAACGACAUGUUCGCCGCCGUCCAGCGCAACCAUGGCCACAACUGGAUGUGCUUCCACCGCGCCCGCCUGAUGGACCUACUGUACCGACGCCUGCCGGAGAAUACCGACAAGAUCUUUUUCGACAAAAAAGUGGUUGACAUCGACGAGUCCGCUCCGGAUUCCGUCACUGUUACAUGCGAGGAUGGGAGCAGCUACACUGGAUCAAUGGUCCUCGGGGCCGACGGCGUGCACAGCACGGUCCGACGCCUGAUGAACAAAAGCGUUGGAGGCGAUUCGGAGGUGGAAAAGGAGGACGCCUGUUUCAAGGCGAGCUACCGUGGCCUGUACGGUUACUCGGCCCGGUUCCCCCAGCUUCAACAAUCAACAAUAUACGAGACGCACGGGAAGCAAUUCUCCAUUCAGCUCGUAGUCGCCGAAGAACAGCAGCACUUUAUCAUAUACGAAAAGCUAGAAUACCCGACGAGCAAAAUGGGCCAGCGAUUUACUCAGGUCCACAGGGAUGCGAUGGCCGCCGAGUUCGCCGACGUGAAGUUCGCCGAGGGGGUGACUUUUGGCAACAUUUGGGCAGCGUCCAAGUGGAGCAACAUGUCCCUAAUCGAAGAGGGGACGGUUUCUCGUUGGCACCGCGGGCGCGUUGUGCUGGUGGGCGACGCCGUGCACAAGAUGACGCCCAACAGUGGUUUUGGGAUGAACAGCGGCGUGCAAGGCGUCGUGAGUCUUGUGAACCGCUUAUACAAUCUGCUAAAUGGACACAAGGAACUGGCGCCGGAUGUCUCAGAGCUCGAACAGGCCUUCGGGCAUUAUCAGUCCGCGCGGCUUCGUGCAACCCGGGAAGUCGUCCAGAUAUGUGGCAUGUACACACGACUUGUCGCGUGGGAUAACUUUGUCUUGCGCAUGGCAGAUCAGCACAUACUGCCGCUCAUCGGCGGCGAUAUCACAUCACUCAAUCUUUUGAUGUCACCGAUAGUGCAGAAGGGAGUUGUGUUGAGCUUUUUACGAGAGAAGAACUUUCGCCAGGGAACACAAAGAUACAAGCACCCGCAUCAAGAAAACAGUUUGGAUGAAAAAUGA